CAAACUGACAGAAAGAAAAAAUAUUUCUUCUUUCAGACAGAUGGGAAAAUAGCUCAAAUAAAUUCAGCCUUGACUCAUUCAUCGAAUAUGUUUUCACAAUUACGCCGCCGUAUACCUUCUAUAUUACGACGCAACACCGCCGAUAACACGUUACACCGUUACGCGUCGAAUAUAUGCGCACAAACGCUACAAUACUGCAAGUAUGGUGAACCCGCUGACGUCCUGGAGCUGGUUGAGCUCACCGCAUCAGAACCAAAAGACACGCAAGUGCUGGUAAAGCUGCUAGCCGCACCCAUCAACCCCUCCGACAUCAACACCAUACAGGGCAAAUAUCCAGUGAAGCUGCCCCUACCAGCCAUCGCCGGCAAUGAGGGUGUGGCCGAAGUGCUGCAGGUGGGCGACAAAGUGCAACAGCUUAAGCCAGGGCAGCGUGUCGUUGUGGUCGAGAAUGCUCUGGGCACCUGGCGCACACACGCUGUCCUCGAGGAGCAUCAGCUGAUGUGCAUUCCGAAUGAAAUCGACUUGGCUGCCGCAGCCACUUUGGUUGUAAAUCCACCGACAGCCUAUCGCAUGCUGAAGGAUUUUGUGCCGCUCACUCAGGGCGAUUGUGUCAUACAGAAUGGUGCGAAUAGCGCUGUGGGACAGAUGGUGCAUCAGCUGUGCAAGGAGUGGGGCCUGAAGUCUGUCGGUGUGGUGCGCAAUCGACCGAAUUUGGAGGAGGUGAAAACCUAUCUGAAAGAGCUGGGCGCAAGUGAAAUACUCACGGAGGAGGAGUUGGCGAAGACGGAUAUCUUCAAGAAGAAGCUGCCAGCGCCGCGUCUGGCGCUCAAUUGUGUUGGUGGCAAGAAUGCGUCGGACAUUACAAAACAGCUGGCACCCAUGGGGGUGAUGGUCACCUAUGGCGGUAUGUCGCGACAGCCGGUUAUGGUCUCGACGCCUGCGCUGAUCUUUAAGAACAUCUCAUUUUGUGGAUUUUGGGUGACGCGUUGGAUGCGGAACCAUGUCAAAACGCCUGCGCGUGAGAAAAUGUUCGCUGAUCUAAUGAAAAUGUUCCAGCAAGGAAAGUUGAAGGGCGUCAAGUGUGAGAUGGUGCCGUUGAAGGAGUACAAAGCGGCGGUGGCAGCAACCUUGGACUUGAAGGGUUUGGUGGGAAAGAAGUACAUCUUGGAUAUGCAGUGUUAAGUAGGUGCUAUCUCUGGAAGGGUGUUUAUAGAAAAUCGAAAGCGAAAUAAAUAAUGCCAUUUACCCGCAUGUAUUUUUGUUCGUUGCAAUUGUUUAAGAGAUAAUUUGGUACUAAAUUUAUGAGCUUGAAAAAAUACUAGUCGCGUAACAAAAAUUGGUAUUUCCUAUAGAAUCGAACACUUUGAAAUAGGGUUGCCACCUCUGCGAGACUUAAAAUUAAAAGCAUAGAAUCCUUAUUUUGGUUACU